CGUGCUGGUUUCUUAGGGUCAGGGGAAGUGUGGAAACAUGAGAGCAAAAAUGGGUUCUUUUGCAGCUUUCUCUCUUCUUGUUUUGGGUUUGGUUUUUAAUAUUGCAGUGUUGUGCAAUGGGGGAAAAACUAGUAGUUAUGUGAGGAAAAUGGAGAAAACUGUGGAUAUGCCUCUAAACAGCGAUGUCUUUGGAGCUCCCGAGGGCUACAAUGCACCUCAACAGGUUCAUAUAACACAAGGUGACCAUGAGGGAAAGGCUGUGAUUGUGUCAUGGGUGACUCCUGAUGAACCAGGUUCCAAUACAGUCAUUUACUGGAAGGAGAACACAGAGUACAAGAAGAAGGCAGAGGGCAAAGUCUAUACCUAUAAGUUCUACAAUUACAACUCCGGUUACAUCCACCACUGUACAAUAAAAAGUUUGGAGUUUGACACCAAAUAUUACUAUGAGGUUGGGGCUGGACAUACCAUGCGGAAGUUCUGGUUUGUAACUCCUCCUGCAGUUGGCCCUGAUGUUCCAUACACAUUUGGUGUCAUUGGGGAUUUGGGGCAAAGUUAUGAUUCAAACAUGACGCUUACUCAUUAUGAGUUGAACCCCCAGAAAGGUCAAAGUGUAUUGUUUGUAGGGGAUCUCUCUUAUGCUGAUAAUUAUCCUAACCACGAUAAUGUCAGGUGGGAUACAUGGGGAAGGUUCACUGAGAGAAGUGCUGCUUAUCAACCUUGGAUAUGGGCUGCAGGGAAUCAUGAAAUGGACUUUGCCCCAGAAAUUGGCGAAAUAAAACCUUUCAAGCCUUUCACCCACCGUUAUCAUGUCCCUUACAGAGCAUCAAAUAGUACUGCUCCUCUUUGGUACUCAAUAAAGAGAGCCUCAGCAUAUAUCAUUGUCUUAUCAUCAUACUCAGCCUACGGCAAAUACACUCCUCAGUACACAUGGCUUGAACAGGAGCUACCAAAAGUUAACAGGACUGAGACACCAUGGUUAAUUGUUCUUGUGCAUUCUCCAUGGUACAAUAGCUACAACUACCAUUUUAUGGAAGGAGAAAGCAUGAGAGUAAUGUUUGAACAAUGGUUUGUGCAAUACAAGGUUGAUGUGGUAUUUUCUGGUCAUGUCCAUGCCUACGAGCGAUCUGAGCGUGUAUCCAACAUUGCAUACAAUAUUGUAAAUGGCCUUUGUGUACCUGUGAAGGAUCAAUCUGCGCCAGUAUACAUAAUAAUUGGUGAUGGAGGCAACAUUGAAGGCUUGGCAACAAGCAUGAUAGACCCACAACCAGCUUACUCUGCUUACCGGGAAGCUAGUUUUGGUCAUGCCACCUUCUCCAUCAAAAACCGGACGCAUGCUUACUAUAGCUGGCACCGUAACCAAGAUGGAUAUGCCGUUGAAGCUGAUUCCAUGUGGUUUUUCAACAGAUACUGGAAUCCAGUUAAUGAAUCUUCAGAAUCUCAGUAAUGAAAAAAAUGUAUUUCUUUUUUCCAAUUUCAUUUUCUCCUGUUACACCUGUAAAAUAAAUACAGAAUUUGAAU